AUGGCAGACACAGAUGUUGAAGAUGAGACAAAGGAUGAUGAUGAUAGUGAGGAGACCGAGCCUAGUGAGGAGGAGGAGAUCGAGCCCAGUGAGGAUAUGACAGUAGAUGAUGCAGGAAGUAGACUUAAGGGGUCAGCAGAUUUUUGGUGGGAAGCGAAGCAGAAAACCAUGACCCCAGAACAGAUGGCUGCUCUAACUUGGGAGCAAUUUAAGAUAGCGCUGUGUGAAAAAUAUGUACCGCGAAGUUAUCAAAAGAAGAAGGAGACGGAAUUUGUAAAUCUGAGGCAGGGAAACAAAACAGUAGCUGAGUACGAUCGUCUGUUUUGUGAUUUGGCUAGAUAUGCACCAUAUCGAGUAGAUACGGAUGAGAAGAUGUCAGAGCUGUUUUGCUCUGGACUAAAGCAAGAGAUACGAGUUGUCUUGGCAAGUCAGAGUGCGCUGUCAUAUGCUGAAGCUUUAAAUCGAGCACUGGAUAUGGAACUGGCAAUGCAGCCAGAAAAGACGAGUUAA